UGGGACAUGUGGAGAGCCUACUCUGACAUGAGAGAAGCCAAUUUCAAAAAUUCCAACAAAUACUUCCACGCCCACGGGAACUAUGACGCUGCACAAAGGCGCCCCGGGGGCGCCUGGGCAGCUAAAGUGAUCAGCAAUGCCAGAGAAGGUUCUCAGAGAGUCACAGACCUUUUCAAGUUUGGAGACAGCAGCCACGGAGUGGACUCGAGGGCUGGCCAGGCUGCCAAUGAAUGGGGCCGGAGUGGCAAAGACCCCAAUCACUUCAGACCUGCUGGCCUGCCUUACAAGUACUGA